AUGGGCGAGCCCAAGUGGACCGGCGUUGGCGUCCGCAAGACUUUCUUCGAAUUCUUCGAGGAGAAAGGACACACUAUAGUGCCCUCAUCGUCUGUUGUGCCUCACAAUGACCCCACCUUACUCUUUACCAAUGCGGGCAUGAACCAGUUCAAGCCCAUAUUCCUGGGUACCAUUUCUAGUUCGGAUGAAAUGUCCAAGCUGAAGCGUGCCGUCGAUACGCAAAAAUGUAUACGCGCUGGUGGGAAGCACAAUGACCUCGACGAUGUCGGUAAAGACAGUUAUCACCAUACAUUCUUCGAGAUGUUGGGCAACUGGUCCUUUGGUGAUUAUUUCAAGAAGGAGGCGAUAGGAUGGUCGUGGGAGCUUCUCACUAAGGUCUAUGGGUUGGACCCCGAAAGACUCUACGUCACUUACUUCGAAGGCAACCCCGCCAUGAACCUCGAGCCCGACCUAGAAGCCAAGGAAUUGUGGAGAUCUGUUGGCGUGCCCGAGGAUCAUAUCCUACCUGGUAACAUGAAGGACAAUUUCUGGGAGAUGGGCGACCAGGGUCCUUGUGGCCCUUGCAGCGAAGUUCACUACGACAAGGUUGGAGGGCGCAAUGCUGCACACCUAGUCAACCAAGAUGACCCCUUAGUCGUAGAAAUCUGGAACAACGUCUUUAUCCAAUUCGAUCGUCAGAAAGAUGGCUCGCUCAAGUCGUUACCGGCGAAGCACGUCGACACAGGAAUGGGUUUCGAACGACUGGUAUCUGCACUUCAGGACAAGAGCUCGAACUACGCAACUGAUAUCUUUACACCCCUAUUUGAUAAAAUCCAGGAAGUCACGGGAGCGCGGUCGUACACUGAUAAGUACGGCAAAGAUGAUGUGGAUGGAAUUGAUACCGCUUAUCGUGUAGUCGCUGAUCACAUACGACUACUCACAUUCGCCAUAUCAGAUGGCGCCGCGCCUAACAAUGAGGGAAGGGGUUACGUCGUUCGUCGUGUACUGCGGAGAGGUUCACGUUAUGCUCGAAAGUAUUUCAAUGCGGAAAUUGGUUCGUUCUUCUCUAAAAUCCUACCUGCACUUGUCGACCAGAUGGGCGAACAAUUCCCAGAGAUCGUUAAGAAACAGCAAGAUAUCAAGGAGAUACUAGACGAGGAAGAAGAGGCAUUUGCCAGGACGUUGGACCGCGGAGAGAAACAGUUUGAAAAGUAUGCAGCUCAGGCACUCAACAGCGGGGCGAAGAAGCUCUCGGGAGCGGAUGUUUGGAGAUUAUACGAUACUUUCGGUUUCCCGGAAGAUCUAACUAAGCUCAUGGCCGAGGAGCGGGGUCUCGAAACUGACGAGGGCGAAAUUGCCAUUGCUAGAGAAAAGGCCCGAGAGGCUAGCAAGGCCGUAAAGGAAGCAGUGCAGACAUUUGCAAAGUUGAACGUCCACCAAAUUGCCGAAUUAAAGGAUAAAUUGCAAGUACCUGUUCCGGACGACGAGCCCAAGUUUUUCAAGGGCGACACGACUGGAAAAGUUCAGCUUAUCUACACAGGCACCGGUUUCAUCAAGUCGACUAAGGACCUCCCCCCGAAUACCGCCUUCGGUCUUUUACUGGACAGGACCAAUUUCUACGCCGAGCAAGGUGGUCAGGUUGCCGACACCGGAAGAAUUGUUAUCGAUGAUGUCGCGGAGUUUGAGGUUCACGAUGUUCAACAGUUCGGAGGAUAUGUAAUUCACAACGGAUUCUUAAAGUACGGAGAACUUAAGGCCGGGGAUGAAGUUAUCUGCGAAUAUGACGAGCUGAGGAGACAGCCUAUUCGCAAUAAUCACACCGGCACGCACAUUCUCAACCACUCUCUACGAGAAGUACUUGGCGAAGACGUCAACCAGAAAGGUUCACUAGUCGACCAAGACAAGCUCCGGUUCGACUUCUCACACAAGGCGGCAGUCAGUCUUCCCGAACUUAAGAAGAUCGAGCAUUUAUCAAAUGAGUAUAUCCGACAAAACUGCAAGAUCUACUCUAAAGAUGUCGAGCUCGACUUGGCAAAGAAGAUCAACGGUGUUCGCGCCGUUUUCGGCGAGACCUAUCCAAACCCGGUCCGAGUGGUAUCGGUUGGUAUCGAUGUCGACAUGCUACUCGAAGCACCGGAGAAUCCCGAGUGGCGAAAGGUUAGUGUCGAGUUCUGUGGUGGCACGCACGUCGACCAAACUGGCAUCAUGAAGGAUCUAGUCGUUGUAGAAGAGAGCGGUAUUGCCAAAGGUAUUCGCCGUAUUGUAGCAUAUACUGGUGAUGCCGCGCACCGUGUGCAACGUGAGGCUGAAGAGUUCUCUAAGCGCAUCGUUGUUAUCGAUGCCCUACCAUUUGGUCCCGAAAAGGAGGCCGAAGUUAAGCAGGCUACGGUAGAUCUCAACAACCUCGUCGUAUCUACCCUAACCAAAGAAGAUCUAAAAACUCGGUUUGCAAAGGUUGUUAAGGCCGUCGUCGAUGAACAGAAGAAGCGACAGAAGGCCGAGAGCAAGACUGCUCUCGAUACCGUAUCCGCUCACUUCGCUAAGGAUGAGAAUAAAGAGGCUAAAUACUUUAUUGGACACUUGCCUAUUUCUGCUAACGCCAAGGCUGUUGCGGACGUCAUGAAUCAUUUCAAGAGCAAGGACAAGGAUCGGUCUGUGUACAUUUUCGGUGGCAGCGAGACCGAGGGGGCUGUCGUGCAUGGUGUAUACGUCGGCACACAUCUCACGUCGCAGGGUGUAACUGCUGAGAAGUGGGCCGCAGCCGUCACCGAAGUAGUUGGCGGCAAAUCGGGCGGUAAGGAGCCGACACGGCAAGGCCAGGGAACGAAUGCAGACAAGAUUGAGGAUGCUGUCGCCGUCGCAGAGAAAUGGCUUGCAGAGAAAUUGAAAAUCUGA